UUCUUUUUUUUUUUUUUUUUUGCCGGGGUUUUGAAAGCUUCGUCUUCUCCGAGAAAGGGGUAAAACCCUUCGACGUCGUUCACUACACUUGUUCCGGAGCUUCUGUACGGGGUCUGAAGUCUGAACAGAGGAUGGGGCUGACGAAUUUCGUGCUUACAGUGGCUGGUGUUAGCGCCGUAAUUCUUCUGCUGAGGAGUGAUGUGAAGCAGUCUGCUUCUAUUUUCAGGCGAAACGUCAAGCACGUCCGCCAGUGGCUCGAAGAAGAAACGGCCGACGCGUCCAAGGCCAUUGAGAAGUCUGCCAAGGAACUGGAAUCAAAGAUUUCGCCGAAGGACGUUCCCAAGAAGGACAAGGACUAAUCUUUGAGGAUCAUAGUUAUGUUUGGGGUGCUGAAAAUAAUUGGAUCGUUACCGCUGGUAGCACCCACGACUCCGUUAUUAGGGAAGUUGAAUUUGUUUGCAGGCCUGCACAUGACUUGAAGUUAUAUUUUAUCAUUCCGGUGAUGUCGGAAAUUUCUACGACACUUUAGUCUCUA